AUGGUUAAAGAAGAAGAAGAAGCUUCUGCAUCACAGGCGAGCGUCCUUGCUGUUUUAGCAAGUAAUGAGAAUGGUUUAAGUAACGAAGAUCUGAUGAAGCGAACAACGGGAAUGGAUGUCAAGGCACGUGGCGAAGCAGUCAAUGUCUUGUUAUCAUCGGGUAAAAUCGAAAUGUUACCUGGUCAUACAUCUGGUGCAUUUAUCUUACGUUUAAGGAAGGGCACGCAAAUUGCAGAUGCUACGCAUGAGGAACAGUUAAUUUAUUCACUAAUUGAAGAGUCGGGUAGAAAAGGUAUUUGGAUACGAGAUAUUCGUGAUCGGACUGGUUUGUCGCAAACGCAAAUGCGUAAAGUUCUGAAAGUAUUGGAACAACGCAAACUUGUCAAGUCCAUAAAAGCGGUAGGUACAACAAAAAAAUGCUAUAUGUUAUACGAUAUGGUGGCAGAUGAGUCUUUAACAGGUGGAACAUUUUAUUCCGAUCAACAGUUGGAUUCACAGUUUGUCGAAACUCUGGCACAUAUUUGUGUUGCGAUGUUGCAGAGCAAGCGGAAGUUAUCUGAAGAUAACCACAAAAAUGACCCUUCAGCUGCUCGAGAGUUUGCAUUCGUUCGUUCCACCGAAGUAGCACAAUUCAUUCGUGAAAAGGGUGUUUGUCGUGUGCAACUCAGUGUUGUGGAUAUUGAGAGUAUCCUGUCAGUAGCACUGUUGGAUGGUUUCAUCGAACGACGUGCAGAUGGCAUGUAUCGGGCCCUGACAGCUAAGAUGACUCGCUGUGCUCCAUCUCUUUGCCCUUGUAUUCAUUGCCCCAUUCAGGCUGAUUGUAAACCAGGUCAUAUCAUAUCACCGCAGAAUUGUGAAUAUUUUGUCACUUGGUUAGGCUGGUAA